CGGCCUUGUUUUUUUUUAUUUAAUUUCCAAUUUAUCUAGGUUUUUUCGGCCUUGGCAGCUUUUCCGGCCCUUUUGGCAAUACAAAUUCUCACGAACAUGCGCACAUGUAAUGUUCUGUUACCCUCCCAGUACGCACAGGGGGUUCGGGUCUGAAUGCCCGUUGGCCAGGGUGAAGACGCGGAGCUGAGCUGGCGAAGCAGAAGAGUCGAGUCCAAAAUUUGCAAGUGUAUCAUUCGGAUAAAUAAACGGUUAUGUAAAGUGCGCACCGGUGCAAGAAUUAAAAAUCUGCUCAACAUAUCACAUUCGUAAUAAGUAGUAUUCAUCAUGUUGAUGGCGGUGUGUACGAAUCUGUGCCGCUUCAGGCACGUGAGAAGUGCUGCGGCAUGUGCCACGCGGAGGCUUUAUUGGGGACGCAUGCACGUACCACUGGCGUCUGCAAAUGGCCUUCAUCAAAGCAUCUUUGGUUUGUCGGCGAGGCAAUACGUGCAAGCCCCAGAGACACGCCCAGUGCCAGAUGAGAGAUCGACGGCCGGACUGCAGAAGGAGGAACAGACAACGGAGCAACGUCCGGCCGCUUCCCGUAACCCUAGUCAGCACGUAUUGAGCAAUCAGCCCAUCCGGCCACAGCCGCCACCACAGCCGCCCACAAUGUCCGACAGGGACCAGCGGAUGAACAUGCCCACGGCCGUGGAGAUACCCUACAACAUUGAUUGGAUAUUUCCCAGGCUGCGGUGCCCGUCGAGAGUUUGGUGGCUGGCCAGCCAAUUUGUAAUCACUGCCGUCGGAAUCUUUAGCAAGAUUUUACUGAUGCUCAUGAACAAAACCCGCGUAUACAACAAGGAACAGCUGGUCGACCUGAUAUCGAAGCGCCCCCAAGGUGUGCCGCUGUUGACCGUUUCUAAUCACUACUCCUGCUUCGAUGACCCCGGCCUAUGGGGCAUGCUGCCACUGCGUCAGGCAUGCAACACCAAUUGCAUUCGUUGGUCGAUGGCUGCCCACGAUAUCUGCUUCACCAACAAGUACCACUCCAUGUUCUUCAUGUUCGGCAAGUGUAUUCCUGUUGUGCGCGGCUAUGGUGUCUACCAGGAGGCCAUCAAUCUGUGCAUCGAGAAGUGCGCGGCGGGCCAGUGGGUUCACGUGUUUCCUGAGGGCAAGGUGAACAUGGAGAAGGAGGACUUACGACUGAAAUGGGGCGUGGGCCGCAUCAUCUACGAGUCCCCCAAGAUGCCCAUUAUUCUGCCAAUGUGGCACGAGGGCAUGGACGAUGUACUGCCAAAUGUUGAACCCUAUGUGCUGCAAAGGCGCAAAAAGGUUACCAUUAAUAUCGGCCAGCCCCUGGAUCUGAAUGACUUCGUCCACGACCUUAAGAAGAAACAAGUGCCCGAGCCAACGGCACGGAAGCUCAUCACAGACAAAAUCCAGGACGCAUUUCGAAUCUUGCGGACUGAGACGGAGCAAUUGCACAGAGAGCGUCAGUAGAGUAGAGAUUUGAAAAUGUAGUUCCAGCAGCAUUCAUAUUUUAUAUUAUUUAUUGGUAUUGUAUUAAGCCGAAAAUGAAGGAGCCAAGCCUCGAAAAUCAUUGGCAUGCGCGUUCAUCGAUUACGAUUCACAUUUAACUUAUACAUUGUACGAUUUUCGCUAUCAGGCUUGGCUGAUGAGACCUCUUUAAGUGAAACAGUGUGCAUUAUUAAA